AUGGUGACCUAUAAAGAGAACCAAUUUAUGACCCAGCUCUCAGACUCCGAUACCCUGACUGUAGGAGAUACCAUCUACAUCUCAGUGAUUAUACCAGAUCUGGAUACUAACGCUUUACAUGUGAAAGUGGUGAAUAUUUUUGCCUCUCCUACCAAUUCAAGCGACCAAAAGUACUAUCUUCUUCAGAACGGGUGCCCAGCUAGUGAUGUGACUGGUGACCAGCUAACAGUGGGAAGCAAUGGAGUUGGCGCUGAAUCUCGGUUUGCUAUGAAAGUCUUCCAGAUUACCAGUUUUACCAACAUCUAUCUCUAUGCCGAUCUUGUACUCUGCACUACUGAUUGUAACUCGACCUGCAGCUCUCAGUCCAUAACAAUUAUUACCCAGCCAAUUGCAGGAAACACUGGAACCUUUAUGAAUGCAGCUGAUUACUAUUACAAUGGAAAUUCUGCCAGCGUGUCUGUACCCUGUGGACGUGAUUCCUGUGCUGAUGAUGAGUAUUGCGUCUAUAAUACUACCUGCCAGUGCGAUACAACUCUCUAUACAUACACAGGAAGCCUUCCAUCUCCAAAUUUUACUUGUACUGGAGUAAAGUUCAAUAUACAAGUGUCAAAAUGUUGGUUGGAAGCAAACGGUUAUAAUACGUCUGAAAUCAGGCUGAACAGCACCAACCCCGAGUGUUUUGCAGUAAGGCAGAUUGUGGAUGGAACAUCAGAGAUGAUCAUUUAUCGUCCAUUGAUAUACUCUGACUGUAACACUGAAGCUAUGGUGAAUGCGACCCAUGUCACCUACACAAACCAGCUGUAUAUUUCUGCCAAGACGGAUCCAAUCCAAACACAAAAUGACGUCGUCAUGAAUAUUUCCUGCUCUUUACCGCUGAAUAUAAAUGUCGCUCUUAAUGUGACUCUCCACCCAGUACUCGGGAGCACAGAAAUAAAUGACUUUACAGUAAAUGCAAGUUAUGCAGCCGUAAUGAUGGCCUUCAAAGAUAACACAUAUACGACCCUUCUCUCAGAAGAUGACCCCCUGACAGUGGAAGAUCCUAUUUACCUCUCAGUGCAAGUACCAGAUCUGAAUGUGAACACCUUUAAACUCAUGGUGGUGAAUAUUUAUGCCUCUCCUACCAAUUCAAGCGACCAAAUGUACUAUCUUCUUAAGGACGGGUGCCCGUCUAGCGAUGUAUCUGCUGAUGAGCUAACAGUGGACAGCAAUGGAGUCGGCGCUGAAUCUCGGUUUCUUAUGAAAGUCUUCCAGAUUACUGAUACUAACAUCAUGUAUCUCUAUGCCGAUCUUGCACUCUGCACUACUGAUUGUGCCUCGAACUGCAGCCCUCAAUUCGGAUCACUAAUCAUCCAGCCAAUUACAGGAAACACUGGAACCUUUUUGGAUGCAGUGUCUGCGCCUGUAUACUGUGGAAGUGAUUCCUGUGCUUAUGAUGAGUUUUGUGACAAUAGUACUACUACCUGCCAGUGCAAUUCAACUCUCUAUACAUUCAUACGAGGAAGCCCUCCAUCUCCAAAUUUUACUUGUACUGGAGGAAUUUUCAAUAUUCAAGUGUCAAAAUGUUGGUUGGAAGCAAACGGUUAUAAUACGUCUGAUAUCAGGCUGAACAGCACCGACCCCGAGUGUUUCGCAGUAAAUCAGAAUGUGAAUGGAAUAUCGGAGAUGACCCUUCAGCGUCCAUUGGUAACCUCGGACUGUAACACGGUUCCUGCGGUAACUGAAACUCAUAUCAUAUACACAAAUCAGCUGUCUUUUAUUGCCAAGACGAAUCCAAUCCGAAUAAUAAAUGACGUUAUCUUGAAUAUUUCCUGCUCUUACCCGCUGAAUAUGGAUGUCAGUCUUCUGAGGCUGCCACCAAUAUUUUGGAUGAGAGUAAUAAACUACCUUACAGCAGAUGGAAGUUAUUCGUUCUACAUGAUGGCCUAUAAAGACAACCAAUUUAUUACCCAGCUCUCAGAUUCCGACACCCUGUAUGUAGGAGAUACCAUCUACAUUGUAGUGUUCAUACCAGAUCUGGAUGUGAACACCUUCAAGCUCAAAGUGGUGAAUAUUUAUGCCUCUCCUGACCAAUCAAGCGACCAAAAGUACUAUCUUCUUCAGGACGGGUGUCCCGCUAGUGAUGUAUCUGCUGAUGAGCUAACAGUGGGAAUCAAUGGAGCCGGCAGUGAAGCUUGGUUUGCUAUGAAAGUCUUCCAGAUUACCAAUUCUUACACCGUCUAUCUCUAUGCCGAUCUUGUACUCUGCACUGAAGAUUGUAACUCGUAUUGCAGCUCUCAAUCCGUAUCAAAUAUUACCCAGCCAAUUUCAGGAAACGCUAGAACCUUUAUGGAUGCAGCUUAUUAUGAUUACUAUUACGCUGGAAAUUCUACUAGCGUGGCUGCGCCUGCAUCCUGUGGAAGUGAUUCCUGUGCUGAUGAUGAGAUUUGCAUCGAUAUCGAUAGUACUACUAACUGCCAGUGCAAUGCAACUGUCUAUCCAUUCAUACGAGGAGCCGCUCCAGACGUAAAUUAUACUUGUGCUGGAGCAAAGUUCAAUAUACAAGUGUCAAAAUGUUGGUUGGACAAAAACGGUUAUAAUACGUCUGAUAUCAGGCUGAGCAGCACCAACCCCGAGUGUUGGGCAGGAAAGGAGGUUGUGGGUGGAACAUUGGAGAUGACCCUUCAUCGUCCAUUGAUCAGUUCGGACUGUAACACUGAAGCUGUGGUGAAUGUGACCCAUGUCACCUACACAAACCAGCUGUAUAUUUUUGCCAAGAUGGAUCCAAUCCGAAUAACAAAUGAUGUUAUCAUUAAUAUUUCCUGCUCUUUCCCGCUGUAUACGACUGUCACACUGCACCCAACACUUGGGCCUAUAGCAAAUGCAAGUUAUUCAGUCUACAUGAGAGCCUAUACAGAUAACCAAUUUGUGACCCCUCUCUCAAACUCCUACCCCCUGUAUGUGGAAGAUACCGUCUACAUCUCAGUGGUCGCACCAGAUCUGGAUGCCAACACCUUCAAUUUCAAAGUGGUGAAUAUUUAUGCCUCUCCUACCAAUUCAGGCUCCAACAAGUACUAUCUUCUUAAGAACGGAUUACAGUAA